GAUGACGACGAGGAGGAGGAGGAGAGGCGGGGCUGCUGAUAGCCCCCACUCGCAGCAUCACCGCAGUAGGCAGGAGCACCAUCGCCCUCGCCGCAUCCACGCACGGCGAGGACAGCUACUCCCAAUCAAUCAAGAGGGGUGAAGAUGCAGGUGUGCUGAGGAGGAAUACAGGAGUUGUGCAGCGUGUGAAAUUGCACCUUCUCGUUCUGUGUCUGCGCUGGGCGGGGGGCGAUCUCGGUGCUGCUGGAAUGCGGAGCUACGCGCGUGUUGUUGUGCACUCUCGGGCAGCUGCGGCUCUCUUCACCGCAGCCCCCUCGUCCUCCAUCGCCGCCGCGCAAUCUAGGCGAGUUCAGGGCCUUCACUGUUCAGGGGCCUUUGAGUUUUGAGCUUUCUGCAGGGUUGGUCGAUUGCUUCCAAUCGGCAGAUUGGGAUUUGGAUAAAGGUGCCGCUUGGAUUUUGAGUGUUGGCUGUUGUGGGGGCGGUGAAGGCCAGGCAGCUGGUGUUCAUACGGGCGAGUGCGUCGAUUGUUAGCGGCCGUGGGGGAGGGGGGGGGGGGGGGGUUCGUAACCGCCUACAGGGUUAUCAAGCAUUUUGGUUAGGUUUGGGAUGUGGGUUUAGCUUAAAAUAGUCAAUUAGCGUGUUUGCUGCGUCGAAUAGCCCCCUGUGUUGCACAUUCAUGGAUUGUGGCGGUGCUGGAGGUAAUUUGCAAAUCAGGGACGCAGCAAAUAUGCAGAGACUACUUAUUGUGACGCAGAGGCGGAUUCCUGUCGAUGUCAAGACUGGUAGGCCGUGUUUAGCAUGUAGGUCGGGUAGCACCAGCAGCAAUGGAGCAGGAGCAGGAGGAGAAAAUUUGGACAAGAGAUGUGAGCUUGAGGAGAGCCCACCGCAAGACGCAGUUUUGAAGGCCAUCUCUGAGAUUUCGAAGGUGGAAGGGAGGGUGGGGAAGACGACCAACAUGAUCAUUGGAGGCACUGUGAAGGAAGAAUCGUUGGAGUCGGCGCUACAGUGGAAUGCCAUUGACCAGAAGGUGAACGUGUAUCCCAUGGUUAGGGAUUUCACAGCUAUUGGAACUGGAGGUGACGAAUUUGUCCAGGCCAUGGUGGAAGUUGUGGAGGCUGUAACUGAAAACCCGGUGCCGAAGGUGACAACGAAAAUGUCUGCCAAAAAGAACUAUGUAUCUGUCAAGAUUGGUGUCACAGUGACUUCCAGUGAUCAGGUCAAGGCCGUGUAUGAUGCAAUGAGAAAGGACGUGCGAAUUAAGUACUUCUUGUAGCAAUAGAGCAGAGGUGCAGACUUUCAGUUUUACUUUAUUUCUCUUCGAUUGCCUUCGAAUAGAGAGAGGCUGUAAUGAUAGAUUAGGAUCACGAAAGGUUUUUUAUGUCCUUCACAACCAUUGGGUGCAACAGCAUACGCAUGUCAAUUCUGCUUUGUGGUAAUUUUCACUUUGGCUCUUCGAUGUCGAUUGUUGGUUCAAAGUCCCAAAUUUGUCACCGUGCCUUUUAACAAAGUUACAUGAAUUCUAAUUUCGUUUUA